GCUCGCAUAUGGCGCUGGAAUAAUUGAGAAGUGCCAGCUGAACACAGCCCGGCCGGACUGAAUGACUCUUCACCGGAUGUCGGACACAAACAAAGCAGAAAAUAAAAGGAAGCUGGCAGUCGGCACGAACCGGCCACUGGACGCUGGCGGCUGCGGCCGGGCUGGAGUGGACCACGCAUCCGGUGGCGGCUGGCGGCGCGCGGCGCAUGCGCAACGCUGCCGAGGCGCCAGUCCCCGCAGAGGAACGGCGCGCUAGCGGCGGGCAGUCAGCGUCGCGACGCCUCGCUCCCAUCACCACCAGCCCCACCAACGGCAACAGAGGCAGCGGGCAGCGGGCAGCGGGCCGCCGACACCGCCAGCGCACGACGCCGCCCGGCGCGCGCGCACGCUCCGGAACCGCCACGGCUGACAGCGGCUGCCUCACCUGCUCUGGUGCAGUCUGAGCACAGAGGCGGGAACAUCUCGGCAUCAUCACGUCUUGAGUGAAGAAGCCAGAACACGUUAACUCAGUGAUGUGUUUACCCAACAUUCCUCUGUCUACCGUAUUCUGUUUUUCUCGUGCAUUUGUCAUCAUAGUGAACGAUAAAAGUAAAGUCAUUACAGUCUGAAUGUUGACUGCAUACGACAGCUUACUGAAGAUAAGAGAAGACAAAUAACUUAAGCAACGAGAUUAAAUUCAGUACCGAAGUCAUCAGGUGGACAAAUGUAGUGAAUUUAAGAACUCUAUAUAUGCCCCGUUAUAGAAUGUCGGAGAAAGAAAUUGUUUUUGGUAGGAUAUAUCACUAUAAUGUAAGUAAAUGUCUCUUCACAAGACACUUGGGCUGCGGAAAUGAUAUUCUACAGAAUGGCAACAACAAGACAUUUUCAUAGAGGAUGAGUCAUACUGUUGUAAAUCUUACGUCUUCCAAGUGAUGAAGAUCUGAAUUUUAUUCCAUAGCUUGCGAGGAAAUGAAGCUAUACUUUGAGGAAGAUCGUAUAGUCCGUUUGGCAUAUCAUGCAGUAGGUAGGAUUCUGUUCAUAUCUGCUGAAAUGUCUUCCAAGUAAGUAUGUACACUGUACAACAGAGGCACUCGUCAGUAUUCUGAAAUUUAGGAACUGGAGACUUGUUAUUUGAAAACUUACUGCCUCUUCCAAGGCGUUUUCUGCGCACAGUACAUCCAAAUACGAGUAACUUUCAUAUCAGUAAGAGAUAACUAGAAACAUUUGUGUAGCGAGUCGUCUGUGACUUGAAGGUUUUUAUUGGUGUACUCUGGAGUAAGUACUACCCUUUCCGUGGAGACUCAUAAAACUGUUAUAGAUAUUUCUGCAGAAUGACAGAGAACGAAACAGACUACUAUAGCCAGUGGGAGAGCGCUCUGAACGAGAGCAAUGCGUCGGAGGCCACUACAUCGUCACCACUGUACCUGGCCUGGUGGACGCUGUCACCGUCCUCCAAUGUCACAGCGACGACGCUGGUGGUCAACGCCUCCACUCCGGACUUCUCUCUGGACGAGGACGGCAACGCCACCGAGGGGCAGAACUGCACCAACGACUACUGCAUCCCAGACAUCGACUACUGGAACAUGGUGUACCAGCACGUGUACCCCAAGGACUACGAAUGGAUCCUGAUCGCGAUGCACUCGCUCGUGUUCGUGGCGGGGCUGGUGGGCAACGCGCUCGUGUGCCUCGCGGUCUACCGCAACCACGCCAUGCGUACCGUCACCAACUACUUCAUCGUGAACCUCGCGGUCGCCGACUUCAUGGUGAUCCUCUUCUGCCUGCCGCCCACCGUGCUCUGGGACGUCACCGAGACGUGGUUCAUGGGUACAGGCCUCUGCAAAGUCGUGCUCUACUUGCAGACGGUGUCGGUGGCGGUGUCGGUGCUGACGCUGACGUUCAUCAGCGUGGACCGCUGGUACGCCAUCUGCUUCCCGCUGCGCUUCAACUCCACGACGGGCCGCGCCAAGACGGCCAUCGCCAUUAUCUGGCUGCUGGCUCUGGCGUUCGACAUCCCCGAGCUGGUGGUGCUGCGCGCCCGGGGCCGCGACUGGGACUCGGUGCUGCUGACGCAGUGCGAGGGCAGCUGGAGCUACGACUCGGAGAUGGUGUUCCACGGCGCCAAGAGCCUGCUGCUGUACACGCUGCCGCUGCUCUUCAUGUCGGUCGCCUACUUCCAGAUCGUGCGCGUGCUCUGGCGCUCUGACAACAUCCCGGGCCACGACGACCACAACGGCGACGUCAUCAGCUCCAAGGAGGCGGGGCACCACGCCACUUUCGCGCCGUCGGGUAGCGUCGGCAGCCGCCGGGUGCCGAUGGCCGGCAACUCGACCACGGAGGCGCAGCUGCGGUCGCGGCGCAAGGCCGCCAAGAUGCUGGUCGCCGUCGUCGCCAUGUUCGCCAUCUGCUACCUGCCCGUCCACCUGCUCAACAUACUGAGGUAUACCGUCGACAUCCCGCAGAAUGACACCACGAGCGCCAUCUCGAUGCUGUCGCACUGGCUGUGCUACGCCAAUUCCGCCGUCAACCCAGUCAUCUACAACUUCAUGAGCGGGAAGUUCCGCGCGGAGUUCCGGCGGCUGUUCUGGACGUGCGCCUACGGCAGCAAUCGCUACUCGCCGGCGCCCGGCGCCGCUCCCUCGGCUGCAAUGGUGGCCCGCCACGGCGGCGCGCGCCAGAGGCCUGGGGGCGGCGGCGCCGCGUCAUCUGCCGGCCACGAGAUGCGCUCACUGUACCGGCGCGGCCCCGGGCCCUGACCCGCGCACCGGGCGGCCGCCGAGCGCUCCUCCUGCUGCGCCGCCCCCGGCCGCCUGCGCGUCACCUGGGCCACCCCCUCCUCCGCCACGGCCACCACCACGCUCGCCUCCGUCGCCCCCACCUCUCUGGUGAUGCACCGCUAGGCGCCAUCCCCCAGCCACUGCUCUCUGUCUGGCAGGACACCUCCUUACCCGCAACCGUCAGACGCCAGGAAGUGAGGUACUUCCGGAACACUUCGUAUUGUGGUCGCUAGUGGAGUGAGACUUCAGAGAUACUUUGUUGCCAAAGAGGAAAUAACCUUAUGUGAAUACAGAGUGAUGUUUAUCAAAUUUGUUCUCGGAGAACUUCCAAUAAAUCAGUUAAUAAUAAAAAAUGGUUUUUGCCAU